AUAUAAAGAACGGGACAAGGGUUUUUCGCUGCAGCUGUCGUUUGGUUUUGUGUUGAAGUUGGGUGCUGUUGUACUACAUAUUUCAUACAAUGCCUCUGGACAUGAGUCAGUGGACUGGAUCCCUCGCACUCAACGAGGUGGAGGAGAAGCCUGCGCAUCCUUUGGUUGUGAAAUAUGGAACCGUUGAAAUUGAUGAGCUGGGCAAAGUCCUGACACCCACUCAGGUACAGAACCGGCCCACGGCGAUCGAAUGGGAGGGUUGCGAUCCCAGUAAGCUUUACACAUUGGCUUUGACCGAUCCGGAUGCCCCUAGCAGAAAAGACCCCAAGUUCCGUGAAUGGCAUCACUUUCUGGUGGUGAACAUAAAAGGAAAUGACAUCGGCAGUGGCUGUGUGAUGUCUGACUACGUUGGGUCUGGCCCCCCAAAAGGAACUGGUCUGCACCGCUACGUGUGGCUCGUGUAUGAACAGCAAGGACAGGUGUCCUGCGCCGAGCCGGUCCUUACCAACCGAUGCGGAGACCACCGAGGGAAAUUCAAGAUCUCAGAUUUCCGCACGAAGUACGACCUGGGUACCCCGGUAGCUGGAAACUGCUACCAAGCGGAGUGGGACAAUUAUGUGCCCAAACUGUACCAACAGCUCGCCGGAAAGUAAACCAGCAAAAAACACACAACUCAUAGUUAAUACUUUAGAAAUCAGCUUCGCUGAAGAAGUGAAACUGGAAAAGUUAUCAAGAGCUUUGCUCUUUCCGUGUUCCGUGCACCUUAACACCAGGUUAGUAAAUACUGACAAAUUCUUGACUGGUUGGUUCCAUUGACUGCAAUAAACUGGCCCAACUGAAA